ACACUGCAGAGCGCUCUAGCAGUAUAGGAAAGAGAGCUCCCCCCUCAACACUGCAGAGCGCUCUAGCAGUAUAGGAAAGAGAACUCCACUCUCAACACUGCAGAGCGCUCUAGCAGUAUAGGAAAGAGAACUCCACUCUCGACACUGCAGACCAGUAAUCUAAUCUAUGUAUUUACACUAUAUGUAUAUAUAUAUAUAUAUAUAUAUAUAUGUGUGUGUGUACUUUUUCUAUCCAGCUCAAGGACUUGUAAUACGAAACGUCCUGAUAUCAUUAAUUUAUUAUCAAUUAUUAAAACGAUGUACCUAUUUUUCAAAUUAUAUUAUAUAUGGAAUCGUCAUUAUGCUCGGGGUCUGUAAAAGAACAUUCUCCGAAGCUGACGCUGCAUUCUUCUGUAUGACGGCUUCACGCAGCCCCAACACUCCUACAACGCUGCACGGUGUGUUACAGACCCGGGUCCCGCGUUGAGGACCGCGCCGCGCCCGUUGCUUUGAGAGCAGGUGUGAGCAAUGCCGACGCCCACACAGCUGUCUAAACAGCACCGAGCGAGCUGAGAGAGGAGAGAGAGAGAGAGAGCCAGCCCAUGUGCAAGCGCAGCAGAUCUCGUUUCAGUGUUGAAACCACAGAGGCGCUGCACGGCGCGUUUUCAAACACACCGCGCUUCGGACUCCAGCGGCGAUGGCGUGCUGUUCGGCCGGCUGCCUGUUGCUUUUGGUCGCUCACUUUUUUCUCUUCCUCAGUGCAAAUCCCUCGUAUCUUUUCGCUCGGGUCGGACAGCCCCAGCCCGUGACCGUCCCCUGUGUCUUCGAUUGGAAACUCGACUCUACCGAUCAGGUCCGCUGGUUCCGAGACAACGCGAGCGGGGGACUGAGCGAUCUCGUCGCUGGUAGAUGCGGAGAUGCGGGCUCCCAAUGCACGGUUAACGAUGGAGCCGUCUCGCUGACAAUCCAGAACCCCCAGAGAAACGAUAGCGGGCGGUAUUACUGCGCUGAAUACAGCACCAGCUCUCUGAGGUUCUCAAACGGGUCCGUCGUGAUCGUGUCUGGAGGUUCGGAUGAUUCCUCUGUGAAUCGGUCAGUGUCUAUCCUGGCCCCCGCUGUCUCCGGCAGCGCGCUCGAUUCCAAUGCGACCCUGACGUUAGUGUGUCUGAUCCGGGGUCUCUCCUCGCCCUCGGUCCUGGUCCGAUGGUUCAUCUCCGGUAAGCUCACGGCGCAGGGGACGCCGAUCUCCGGGACCAAAGUGAAGGAGGGCGGAGAGGGAGAGGGAGACAGAUACGCCGCUACCAGCCGCCUGACAAUCCCGGUGGAGACGUGGAGAAGCGGGGCGCAGUGCGCAUGCGAGGCGCAAUGGGGCCAGGACGCUGCGAUGCUCAGCAGGAAUGUUUCAUACUCUGGGAUUCACGGAGCGGGUCUGGCUGCAGAGCGGUGUCUGGUUCAGUACGGCGUGUUCUCCGGGGUCUCCCUCCUCGCUCUCUCCGCGGCUCUCUGCGGCUGCGCGCUGUGGACCCGCCGCCCCUUCAAACCAGCGUCCACUGAAGACUCCACGUGCGUCACUUACAAACGAGCCCCCGGCGGCGGCGGCGUCCCAAAGAGAGGUGAAGAGGACAGCCUGGUCACCUACGCGAGCUUGGAGUUUGAAUCUCAGAAGAAGAACAGAAAGAAAAGACGCAUAUAAUCAGAAUUAUUCUUAUACUUAUAAUUAUUAUUAUUAUUAUUAUAAUGAUUCCUUUUUGUAAGCCGUGUCAUUAAACCACGCCCCCCCGUGCUUGCCACGGUGGGUGAGUAUGACGUCAUGACCAGACCACGCCCCCACCGCCGGUCUUGCUCUCAUGAGUUCAUCAGUAGAUGUUUUGUUUUUCCUUACGUGCUUGCGAUUUGUAAAGGAUGCAAAGUUCAAACGAUUAAUAUCUGUUUAUUAUUAUUAUUAUUAUUAUUAUUAUUAUUAUUAUUAGUUUAUUUAGCAGACGCCUUUAUCCAAGGCGACUUACAGAGACUAGGGUGUGUGAACUAUGCAUCAGCUGCAGAGUCACUUACAACUACGUCUCACCCGAAAGACGGAGCACAAGGAGGUGAAGUGACUUGCUCAGGGUCACACAAUGAGUCAGUGGCUGAGGUGGGAUUUGAACCGGGGACCUCCUGGUUACCAGCCCUUUUCUUUAACCGCUGGACCACACAGCUUCCUGCUUCAUACACACAGAUAUAUACACACACACAAAUCUCCACGGACUCUGAAAGACAUCCUGGUGCAAAUAUAACACGAGCAGCUUUUGAAACCUUAAAAUGAAACCCCUCUGCAAUUGUCUCUGUAUCAAAACUAUGAAAUUACAUCAGCAUGCUCUUCAUUAUUAAAUAAAUGAAUGAAUACAAUUGUUCACGCAUGCUUUCAUUUUGUUGAGUAUUCUUUAUUACUGGAUCUUUUCAUCAUUUCAAAAUAAUGACAAUAAUAAUAAUAAUAUUAAUAAUAAU